AUGUCCGAUCGUGCCGGAGCCCUCCCGGGCAAGCCCAAGUUGCCGAAUCUUCUCACCGAGAACCUCAACUUGGCCUUCCUAAAUCGUCUACCCCAUCGCUACCACAGCCGUCGCCGCCCUAGGACAAAGUCCAACGCCAGAGAUCAGGGUGUUGAUGAUAUCACAAGUCUCUACACGUCAUUUAGUGUAUGGGACGGUCUCCGCGACCUGCAAAAACACGACUUCAAAAAGUCAGACUUGCAAUACGUCUUCCUCCUCUUCCUCACCCUCUUCUCUCUCUACAUCGCGCCCUCGGCCCCUGCGCUCAAAUUCUUUGCCCUCGCUGCAUCCACUUGGCUUCUUCUCAUGCCUGCGACACGCCAGAUUCUACUCCCCUCGUCUAUGAUUUGGAUUUGGCUGCUUUACUUCUUCUGUAGUCGCUUCAUCGACUACCAGUACCGCCCUCACAUCUGGGUUCGCGUUCUCCCAGCUCUCGAAAACGUUCUGUACGGCGCCAACCUGUCCAACAUCUUGUCCGCCCACAAGCAUCCCGUUCUCGACAUCCUGGCCUGGCUGCCCUAUGGCAUCAUUCACUUUGGCGCUCCUGCCAUCUGUUCUCUCAUCCUCUUCAUCUUUGCUGCCCCCGGCACUGUCAACGUUUUUGCCCGCAGCUUUGGCUGGAUGAGCAUUCUCGGUGUCACGAUUCAGCUUAUGUUCCCAUGCACACCACCCUGGUAUGAGAACGAGAACGGUCUGUCUCCCGCUGCCUACGGCAUGCAUGGGUCGCCCGCCGGCCUCGCGCGUGUCGAUGCCAUCUUUGGUAUCGAUCUCUACACGACCAACUUCACCAACGCGCCUCUGCCGUUUGGCGCCUUCCCUUCGCUGCAUGCUGCCAACGCCGUCCUCGAAGCUCUCUUCAUGAGCCACGCUUUCCCGCAGUUCCGCAACUUCUUCAUUGUGUACGCUGGCUGGGUCUGGUGGGCUACCAUGUAUCUGAGCCACCACUACGCUGUUGAUCUGGUUGGAGGCGGUCUCAUUGCGGCUGCAUUCUUCUACACUGCCCGUGCUAGAUGGCUGCCCCAGAGACAGGCCGACAAGCUCACCCGUUGGGAAUACGAGUACGUCGAGAUUGGGAACCGCCACACCGUUACCGACGAAGAAUACGGUCAAUAUUUCGGUCUCAACAUUAUCGACAACCGUCGAUCGAGCCAGAGCGACGACUGGACUCUCGGCAGCAGCUCGAGUUGUAGUUCUAGCAGUGGGACACUGAGCCCAGUCACCUCUGAGGAGACGAUACCUGGACUGUUGGAUCUGGAUAAUGAGCACGAUUCCCAAUGGGAUCACAACGGCCAACGCAGAGACGUGGAGCUCAGCGAAGUUGUUGUCAGAUGA